AUGAUGACCACCGACGCCUGCCCCCCGCUGAUAUGCCGUGCCCCCGAGUGUGGCGAGUGGAUCCUGUGUGACGUGUGUGGCCAGUGGUUCCACCAGCCAUGUGUCGGUGUUAAUCCGCAACUGGUGGCGGAGAUCGUCGCCUACCACUGCACCAAUUGUGAAACAAAACACGGGCCUCUGGUUACUGCUCGCAAGAGUAAACGGAGCAAAUCAAAGAUCGAUUACCAGGCAUUGGACCGGGGAGAAACGUUUGCCGUUCCUAAGCUUUGGCACCCCCAUAUCUCGCGGUUAUUGGCGUUUCAAAACCAAGAUGACGUUUCGGUUACUGUCAUAGCUGAUGCUAAGGAGUUUACGACGGCAACACCACGUGACCGUCCUCUCCUUAUACCGCAGGGCCAGUCUCAACUAGAAGCUCUUGGAAUGGCCAUCCCCAAAUCGUUUACCAUUGAUGACAUCACUAACCUGGUCGGCGACGACACCGCGGUGGAAGUGAUGGACGUGCUUACUCAGCAGGGUGUCCCCGGAUGGAAAUUGGGCCGGUGGCGAGACUAUUUCAAAAGUGACACGCGAGACCGCAUCCGCAACGUCAUCUCGCUUGAGAUCUCCGACCUGUCCCUUGGCCAACAGUUUCAGCGUCCGUUGGUAGUGCGAGAGCUGGACCUCGUUGACAGAGUAUGGCCCGGUCCCGAACCACGUCCGAAAAUCACUACCUAUUGUUUGAUGUCCGUAAAGGAUAGUUUUACUGAUUUCCACAUUGAUUUUGGUGGUACUCUGGUGUACUAUACGGUGUUUAAAGGCGGUAAACAUUUCUUGUUUUACCCUCCUACCGAGGAAAACCUUAUAUGCUACACACAGUGGUGUCUUGAUAAGGACCAGAACUAUACCUGGUUUGGCGACUACCUGACGAUGCAUAAACGCCGUACCAUAAAACCGAAGGGGGGUUUCAAAGUGGAACUCACUAAAGGUGACGUGUUCUUCAUCCCGCUGGGAUGGAUCCACGCCGUGUAUACUCCAGAGGAUUCACUCGUUAUUGGCGGUAAUUACCUCACCGAACAAGACGUGGCGAUGCAAUUGAGGAUCUGCGCCGUUGAGGAGGCUACUCACGUGCCGCUAAAGUACCGGUUCCCUCAAUUUGACCAAGUGAUGUGGCUCACCAGCAAUUGGCUCCUCCAGAAUAAGCAAUCAGAAGAGGUUGAUGAUGAUGUGGUGGAGGCACUUAUACAGCACCAUAAAGCCCAAGUGGAAACUAAAGGUAAACUGCUAAGAUUACCUAAAGCGAUUACUGAUGCUACUAGCCAUAUCGCUCAAUUGGAACAACUACGAAAAAUUAAAGUGGAAAGUGACGAUACGUGA